AUGACGUCAGCACGCAUCGCGGCCCGGAGCUGGGGCGGCACCCGUGGCGUCACGGAGCGGCCCCGGCACCGCGGGCGGCGGGCGAAGGCUGGAAGAGCCUUGGGAGACUCUCUCUCCAGAACUUUGUUGGACAUAGAAGAGCCCGCAGCCCAGGGAGGUGUCCCCUCCCCCUGCCUGGUAGUCCAGAGGGCCACGCAGGCUCAGACCAGCCCGAGCCCAGGCAGCUUCUCCAGGCCACACACGCACUUAGCCUUCCCCAAGGCGACUGCCCCUGUGCUUAUCCGGCUGCAGAUCCUUGCAGGAACAGAGACACUUCGUCCCCUGCUUUCCGUGGGGCUGGGAGGACUGCCCGCCGUGCUGCCCUCCUGUGCUGCACUCUGCGUGGGGCCACAUGCCCCGCGGACAGCGCUGCCCUCAUGCUCACAACAUUCCAGGAAGCAGCUGCUCGAGUUACAACUAUCCCUACUUCACAGCCGAGGAAACCGGAGACCGCAUGGAGAGGUGAAGCUGCUUCCGCCCCUCGGCUGGUGGAGCUGGCGGAACAAGGCUCUGCCUCCAGGACUUGCGGGCUUGUCACACCAUGCCACUUCCCACUCACUCGCAGAGCACUCCGUCCAGUCCACCCAGCACAGGGGACAUGCUGCUGGAGGGAAGAGCAUUGAUCCUCACUGUGGACAUCCGAAAGGAAACAGGCUGGGUGACCUGUUACGGAGCAUGUACUGAGCGCUUGCUGCUGGUUGGGCCCUGGGCUAAGAAAUCAUAUAAGGUCUCAUUGUAAGUGUCCAGCGACCGGAGCAGGAUUGGCCACAUAGUCUGCAGAUCCCAGUGCCAAAUGAAAAGGUGGGGCUCCUUGCUCAAAAAGGAUUAAGACUUUACAGACAGCGCCUGCAGAGCAUCCAGCCAAGCACCGCUCUGUGUAACUGCACAGGUUGCAUUUCCAUGAAGCUAGUCCUGCUUCUGAGCACUGAGGCAGGUCCUGAUAUCAUCUUUCGGCAUCUGAGAAAUAAAUAAACCGAUAACCUUCACAAGUUAAUGCAACGAGUAAAGAAGUGGGACUGAGACUCAAACCCACAGCCCACACCAGUCCGUGAGACUAAUGAACUUGUGGCACUGGAAUCUGUCCAGAUGGGAACGGUUUUGUUUAUUUGUUACUUUGCUUACAGUGGAUGUGUGCCAAGGUCAUUCUGCAUUAAAACAAGCA